UCAUAAGGUGUUUUGCAGAAAGAAAUCGGUUUCUUUCACAAGUGCAUUUCAAUUCAAACAGCAAUGGGAUUGCAAAAAGACACAGAAUCGAUCCAGAGAGCAAGAUUUGAUGAUUGUGGUGAAGUCAUAGUUGGUUCUUACAGCUCAUGGUUGACAAAGUAUCCAUCUGCAUUGGACAAUUUUGAUGAGAUGAUGAAGUUAGCAGAAGGAAAGAAGGUUGUGGUGUUCUUAGAUUACGAUGGAACACUAUCAAAAAUUGUUAAAGACCCCGAUAAGGCUACCAUGACUCAGAAUAUGCGUGAAGCGGUGAAAAAUGUUGCUCUUCAUUUCCCAACUGCAGUCAUCUCUGGGAGGGGACGAGAUAAGGUCUUAGAAUUUGUGCAACUUGAUGAAGUCUACUAUGCUGGAAGUCAUGGAAUGGAUAUAUCAACCCCUUCAGGCUCUUCAAAGUAUGGCAGCGAUAUUCAUCAAACUAUCACCAUAAAUGAAAAGGGAGAGGAAGUUGUAGACUUUUGUCCGGCAAAAGAGUUCUUACCUACAAUUCAAGAGAUAGUAAUAAUGCUUAGAGAUAAAACAAAACAUAUAAAGGGUGCAAUAGUCGAAGACAACAAGUUCUGCCUCUCUGUUCACUUUCGAUGUGUAGAAGACAAGGAUGUUGGUGAUCUUAAAAGCAUGGUGGAAGAUAUGAUGCAAGGUUAUCCAAAUUUCAAGAUAUCAGAAGGGAAAAAGGUUAUGGAGAUUCGUCCGAACAUCGAGUGGGACAAAGGACGAGCUCUGCUCUACUUGCUUGACACCCUUGGUUUUGGCAACUCCAAUGAUGUUCUCCCAAUUUACAUAGGAGAUGACAAAACUGAUGAAGAUGCUUUCAAGGUUAUACAAUCUAGAGGAGAAGACCAAGGGUUAGCCAUUGUUGUUUCUUCCACUCCAAAGGAGACCGAGGCUUCCUACUCUCUUCGGGAGCCAAACCAAGUGAAGUCUUUCCUGAAACGCCUAGUGAAGUGGAAACAAGAUCUUCAACCAUCCAUUUAAUCUAUUUUAUUUUAUUUUAUUUUCAUAAGGACCAACCUGAUCAAUUUAACU